UUGCGUGCAUUCCGUGUCCGACUUUCGAUCCGCCAUGAUGCGUCUGAGCUUGCUGCUGGCUCUGGUCCUGGCCUUCGCCUCUGUCUCCGUCUUUGCGGAGGUGAUCAACUUCCAGACCUGUCAGGAUAGUGUGGACACCUGCAUCAUACACGAGGUGCGAGUGGAUCCCUGUCCGCAGGCCGAGAAGCGACAGGCUUGCAACAUUCGGCGACGACGUUCCUCCCAAAUAAGUUUCGAUUUCGAGCCCAAGUUCGAUGCCGAUCAGUUGGACAUCACUUUGGGUUGGGCCAAGUCGGAGACGGAGGAGCUGAUGCUGCCCACCUUGGAGCGAGAUGCCUGCAAGUCCACAACCUGUCCAGCCCGAUCUGGAGUUAAGCAAACCUAUACCACCGAUGUGCCCAUUGAGGCCAAGUUCCCAUUAAGUCCUUAUACCAUCCGUUGGGCCAUCAAGGAUCCUGCCAGUGGCAAGCGGUGCUGCUUCACCAUUGACAUUAAGGUGGUGCGUUAGAAGGGAUCCACGAAAAUAUCUAUAAAAUGUUUUUUAAAUAUAUAAAAUCAGUGGAAAAAUAA